GAACUCUGCAUUUCAGGAAAUAAAGAAAGAAAGAAAGAAAACAUGGACUCUGAGUAUAUAAAGAAACAUCUUGGAGAAUGUCUGGCAGAAGGACUGGCUGAAGUGUCCGAGCAGCGACCUGUGAAGCCCAUCUUAUACUUGGCUCACUGGCUCUACAAGUACAACUCCAAUGUUCAACAUCAGGCGGAGAAAAAGGCCCAUCUCCUGGAGCAGGAGCAGGCGAAAGCCAGAGAACAGGCACUGCACAAGGAGAAGCUGAGCGGGGAGGAGCCAAAGAUCAGUGAGGCCUUGGAAAAGUCAAAAAAAGAGCAUACAGGGUUUGAUGUUCUGGAGCCAGCGACAGCAGCUGUUAAUGACGUCACGCCUGUGACAGAGGAGAAACCAAACACACCUCAUCCUGAAAACCAGCAGGGCACAGAUGAACUCCAAAGUCAAGCUCAGGAAAAAAACACCCCACAGGUCACAAAUGAUGUCACCAGGUCCGGAUCACCUGAGGGAAAACCAGCAGAGGAGGCUAGCAAUACUUUCUCCGAGACCAUCAGCAGUGAGGUCAAAGUGGAGUCUGAGGAAGUGGGUGUUGGAAAAAACCAAGAGGAGUCAAGGAGCGAGAAAACUGAGGAGGAGCCAAGCAACAUCAGUCAAGAAGAGAAGAAUGACCAAGAUGAGGUUAAGGUGGUUGAUCAAGCUGAAUCUGCCGAGGCUGACGCCACAGGCAAAGAAGAGGCUGAUGAUUUAAAAACAGACAUCACAGAAGAACCUGACAACAAACAAAACAACGAAUCUCAAGACUCAGAGAAGGUGGUUGGUCAAGCCGCAACUGCUGAACUUGAGCACCCUGACCCACACGCUACACUUAACAGCCAAGACGCUGAUGAUUUAAAAACAGACAUCACAGAAGAACCAGACGACGAACAAAGCAAUGAAUCUCAAGACACAGAGAAGGGGAUGCUGCUGGAAAAUACAGCUCAUGUGGUUGAUCAAGCCGAAACUGCUGAGCCUGAGCACACUGACCCACACGCCACGCUUGGUGGCCAAGACACUGAUGACUCAAAAACAGACAUCACAGAAGAACCAGACGACAAACAAAGCAAUGAAUCUCAAGACGCAGAGAAGGUCAAUGAAGUCAAAGAUGAUAAACCCGCAGAUUCUAUACUGGUGGAGUCGACCACAGACCCGAGAAAUGAAGAUCUCAAAGGAGAGGAAACAUCUUCUCCUGAAGAACAAACAACAGAAACUGCACUGGAGACACAUAACUCAAGUUCUCAUGCUCCUCAGGAAAAGGCAGAAGCAGACGGGCAACACACAGAUGAGUCCAUGAGUGAUGCAACAGCAGAGGGGACGAUAAUGACUGAAAGACCAGUGACUUCGCAUGGGGAACAGGAAAGGCCUUCUGACAAAGAUGACUCCAUUGAGGAGGUUGACACUUUAAUGAAGCCGGAAGAAUUAAAAGAAGCUGAAGACUGAUCCAUCUUCAAUUACACAGUUUAUACUAGGUUGAAAUAAAUACAUUUGAAUUUAAACCAAUGUGUCAGCUGUAACAUCCUGACUCACUCAGCAUCUUCCACUUUAUCUGCAAGUUUUGGGCUGUAGGAAGAAGCCCGGAGAACCCACAGAACCAGACAUGGGUGAACACAGGGAGUCCCUCAGUUAAACAGAGAUUUGAAUCCCUGACCGUCUUGUUGUGAGGCAACAAUGCUAGCCACUGUUAAGCUGUGUGACAGGAAUGAAAUGAAUAUAAAAUGUUA